AUGGCCAAAUCAAAUGGAAAAGUAGCUUUCGUUACCGGAGCAUCCUCAGGUAUUGGAUUUGCUGUAAGUGUAGAAUUAGCAAAGAGAGGCUACAAAGUGUACGCAGGUGCUCGUCGUGUUGAUGUUAUGAAGCCAUUGGAGAAGUUUGGCAUCAUCCCAGUUAGCCUUGAUGUUACCUCCGCGGAAAGUAUAUCUGCGGCUCGUGAAUUAAUUGAGCUGGAAAAUGACCAUUUAGAUAUCUUACUUAACAAUGCCGGUGUCAUUGGAGGUGCACCCGCCAUUGAGGUUUCUGAUGAAGAUUUUACGAAGUGCUACGAAGUGAAUCUUUACGGGCCAAUUAGGGUCACCAGAGAGUUCAGUAAACUUAUUAUUAAAGGUAAGGGUUUGUUUGCGUAUACAACUUCUAAUGCAGGAAUUAUGCCUAUUCCAUUUACUAGUAUAUAUUCCUCUUCAAAGGCUGCAUUGUCUGCAUAUGCCAGUACUUUGGCUUUCGAAGUGAAGCCUUUUGGAGUUAAGGUGUUAGAUUUUGUAAGUGGUGGGGUUAAGACUGAGAUAAUGCAGGUUGAACAUCCUGUACUUAACGCAGACUCUUUGUAUAGAAUUGACGGUAGGGACCUUUUGAAGGAGGUUGGAGAUAAUUUUGACCCUAAUCAAUAUAUGGAUGUAGCCGUUUAUGCUGUUAAGGCAGCCAACGAUAUUGAAAGUGCCCUUAAUAGCGCUAGUUUCUUUAGCAGUGCCAAUUACUUUAGGCUGUUUAGAGGGACAAUGGCAUCCUUUUCGAGGUUCGCCACAUCAUUCAUCCCUAGAGGAGUCUUGGAGACACUCUUAUUGCUUGCUCUCAAAUUGAGCGAUGGGUUUAAGCUAAUCAAGAAGAAGUAUAGCGCAAAGAGUAAAUAG